AUGAAGACAAACACUUUCCCCGAGGAUCUCGAAGAUCUGAAUCAGACAGUUGAUCUACCAGCGUUACCGUUAUUGGAAGUUAGAGAUCUUCCUUCGUUUAUGUUACCUUCUUCAGGAAGUAACUUUAAUAACCUAAUGUUGGACUUCGUUGAUUGUUUGAAAAAUGUGAAAUGGGUUUUGGUUAACUCGUUUUACGAACUAGAAUCAGAGAUAAUCGAUUCGAUGUCUGAUUUAAAGCCAAUAAUCCCAAUAGGUUCAUUGGUUUCUCCAUUUCUUUUGGGAGCUGAUGAAGACAAAACCUUAGAUGAGAAAAAUCUUGAUCUAUGGAGAUCUGAUGGUGAUUGUAUGAAGUGGCUUGACACGCAAGCUAGGUCUUCCGUCGUUUACAUAUCUUUCGGGAGUUUGCUCAAAUGGUCGGAGAAUCAAGUCAAGAGCAUAGCAACGGCUAUGAGAAACAGAGGAGAUUCAUUUCUCUGGGUGAUUAGGCCUAAGGAGAUAGCUCAAAACGUCGACAUUUUGCAUGAGAUGGUUCAAGAAGGACAAGGGGUUGUUAUUGAGUGGGGUCCUCAAGAGAGGAUAUUGAGCCACGUGGCGAUCUCUUGUUUCGUCACGCACUGUGGAUGGAACUCGACGAUGGAGACGGUGGUGACUGGUGUUCCGGUUGUGGCGUACCCGAGUUGGAUCGAUCAGCCGCUUGACGCGAGAUUGCUUGUGGAUGUGUUUGGGAUCGGAGUGAGGAUGAGGAACGACGCUGUUGACGGCGAGCUUAAGGUUGCGGAGGUUGAGAGAUGUAUUGAGGCUGUGACGGAAGGACUUUCAGCUGAGGAUAUGAGGAGGAGGGCCAGGGAGCUGAAGCAAGCGGCGAGAUCAGCGUUGGCACCUGGUGGUUCAUCUGCUCAGAAUCUGGACGCGUUCAUUGGCUAUAUCACAAGUUGUGUUUAA